UAACAAUAAAAAAAAAACUACUUAGACAAUUUUGUGCGCUGUGAUGUGAUAACCAAUCCAAAGUUGUUAACUAUAAUGAAUUGUCAUCAAAUAUUAAGCGGUGCCUGCAAUGCAGGUGACCGGUGCUUUGCAAUUGGAUCCGUGGAAGGCAUACCAUUUACAGCCUAUGCCGCCGGCUGUAAUGUGGUCAUUUUGGCCAGCACAUUUGAACGUGUCCAAAUUAUACCUGGAGCCAAUCAUGGCUAUGUCAAAAUCUCCGCCUUGGAUUGCAGCACGGAUACGGGAAAAAUAGCCGCAGCCUAUGAAAAUAAGAUAUGCAUUUUUGAGCCGACACCAGUGAUUGAGUCGAGCAAGCAUAAUACGCACUUUCUGGAUUACAGAUGGGUGCAGACUGGUUCCUUUACCAGCCAUUCGAGUGUGGUGACAUUGUCGUGGAAUUUGGAGGGCACACGUCUCCUAACGGGUGGCACCAAUAUACAAUUGUGGAAAAGUAAAUCACCCACCCAUCAGCAAAAUGAGGAGGAACACACGGGUGUGAAAUUUGAAAUUGGCGAAAGCAAGGAAUCCAGUAAACCGGCCAAUAAUCAGGGGCAACCAGAUGAUGUGUCCACCUGGGAGAAUAUUUGGUCAUGCCAAACGGCAAUACCGAUUUAUCAUAUGGCAUUUAGUCCAGAUGGCACUCUAUUCGCCACAUGCGGACGCAACGAUCGUUUGGUUAAGAUUUGGUAUGAGAAUAAGCAAGUUCUGUUUCCGGCGGCCAAAGUAACCACUUCAAGGCAAACAACAACAGAUGGCGGUGGCACAGACUUGGGUGGUGGCGGUGGCAACAGUGAAUUGAAUUUCACUUAUGUUUAUAUUGCCCAUCCUCGUGCCGUCUCCAAUAUUGUUUGGCGAAAGACCAGCAAAUAUAUGCCCAAGGGAUCGGUGGCCAAUAUGCUGGUUACCUCAUGCCUGGAUAACAUAUGUCGCAUUUGGAUCGAGACAGUUUUGCCAGACGAUGGUCUAGUUAAUAUGACGCAAUUCGAUCCAUUGGCCUCGCAGAAUCCAAAAUUUCGUACGCAUCGGCAUAAGCAUCGGUUUAUGCAGCGGUUGAAGCACAUGAAGACCUGUUUCCACAUACGUCGACACAUGAAAGCCGGCCACAAUGCCAAUGUGAGUGGCAUUGGACCAGGUGGCAUUGGGAUGGGCGGCGGACCGGGUGGUGCCGGCAUCGGCAUGGGUGCGGUGGGGAGCUCACCAGCCAGUUUUAGCAACUAUCAGGGACCCAUACCCUCGUUGCCAUCAUCGUGUAGUGUCCAUGAUUUCCAUUCGUAUGGCUUUCAUGGAUCCGGAGUGACACCAGGCAUGCAUUUCCAUUUGGCCGCUUCAAUCAAUGCUGAGACGGAUAUACCGCUGGUGCCAUCGAUGCAGACCUCGGACCCCACCAAUCAGAAUGUAUUCAUUUUACAUUGGCUUAACAACAAGGAGAUGCAUUUCACCCUCCAGGCGGAGGCCAUACUCCAAGAGUUGACCAAGAAGGUGAUUGAUGAGGAGAACGGCCAUGCAUCGACCAGUGGUGGGGCUGGCGGAGGAGGAGUUGGCGUUGAUCUGCCCGAUGAUGCUGGUCAUGCUGGAGGCAGUGGAGGCAGCGGUAGCCAUGGCCAUCAGAUUCCGUCUCACUCACAUGGAGCCCAUAAGAAAUACAUACGUUCCUCGAAAUCUGUAUCUGUCGAUGAUAGCGGCGAGGAGUAUAGCAAAUAUUCACAGCACACAGCGGGCACAGGACUCCAUUUGAACUCCAUGUCCAAUACGACAUCGCAGAAUUCCCUUAACAAUGACCAGCAUCAUCCAAUUACCCAACUGGUCGAUUCGCUGGAUAAUAAAAUUGAAUGCCUCCUCCGUGAUUGGCAUCAGAGUCCAGAUUUGCUAUUUGCCAUUCAUCCAGUCGAUGGAAGCUAUUUGAUAUGGGUAAUUGAGUGGCUGGAUGAUUACUAUCCGGGUUCGUUUCGUCAGGCUCAGGUCUCGUUUUCGACGAGAAUACCAUCGGCAUUUCCCUUGGGCGAUGCCAUGUCCAUGUCCACCACGGUGAGCCUCUUUAAUACAGGAACUCAUCCGCUAGUAUUUCGCGAUAUAGCGAAUAAUGUGAGGAGCAAGGAUCAUCAGGCAGAUGAUUCAUCAUUGAAAUCAGAUCAACAUUCGGGCCAGACAUUUGACAAGCAUGACGAAGAGCAAGAGGACGACGCUGCUGGGGACCAGGACAAUGAGACGGAUCGUAUGGAUCAAGAUGAUGAGGCGGCCGGAGAUCGAAGCGGAGCAGCUAGCACAUCACAGGAUUCGGGAGCAACCGGGGCCGGCUCCACCAGUGCAUUGCCAUUGAAUGUCUCCCCGUCCGUUUCCAUGGUAACCAAACACUCCAAUGGCACGCUCAAUCUCUGGCAAUUAACAUUCGCCUUUAAGACCAAGUUCACUCAAGUAUUAAGCAUUGGCCAUGUGAGUCGAGCCUCGGGUCAUCGAUUCCGUGUGAACGACAUCACAUGUCACCCAGUGUUGCCACUCCUGGUGUCCACAUCGCAUCACAAUUUGCCCGAUUCCACGGAGGUCAAGUCUCCCAUGUCGCCCUUCGAGCAACCUCUUGCUGGUGGCCCUGGUGGCAGCGGCGGCCUGGGUGGACCAGCAGCAUCAUCAUCCGGUCCAGCCGGCGGAUCUGGCAACACCAAUUCCAACAGUGACAAGGAUAUCUUUACGCCCACUGGCUUCUGUUCCGAAUUGAUUCUAUGGCGUGUCGACUCAGUGGGUCCCCUUUGCCAUUCUGGUGGAGUGAGUGAGCUGGCCCGCAUCAACUCGCCAGAGAUAUCGGCUUUCAGUAAUGUAGCCUGGAUACCAACUCUUCUGCCUAGCACCACUCUGGGCAGCUACAGCAAUUCGCCAUCGGCGUGUUUUGUGGCCAGCGAUGGCGAAAAUUUGCGUGUCUAUCAGGCCGUCAUCGAUGCCCGUACGCUGCUGGCCGAGAUCUCCUGCUCGGAGAACUUGAACACUUUACACAAAUCGCAUUCGCUCUCCUCGAUGAUCUCGAAUGCCUCGAGCACUCUGAAGGCCCAGCAUCAGCGUUCAGCGCAGUUGCAUGACAAGCUCAAGGUGGUCUCGCAACAAUCAACGGCACGUCCCGGCUGCAUCCUGCAGCUGGAUGCCAUUUCGGACGCGAAACACGAUUGGCAAAAUACCCAGUUCCUACAUGUGUUCCAGGCGCAAUUGAUCACGGGCGGGCAGCGGGCCAGUUCAAUGGAUGCCCACGACCUUGAGGCGGACCCGCGUCUGAAUGCUCUCCUCGAUAGCGACAUGGAUGCUAUUGUGGAUUUGCAAAGGAAUGUGGAUUUCGAGGAACCCUUCUAUAUAGUCAACAUUGAGAAGACUCUUAGAGGCAGCACCAUACAUAUGUGGCGUAUAGUGAUUAGCUCCAAACAGCAGAAUUCAUUUCUUUCGGAGACGGCAAUGUAUGUGCCCGAUAGUAAUCUAACCCAGGAGCCGGAUGAUCAGCAGGAUCAACAGCAGCAGCAUCAUCAGCAGCAACAACAGCGACGCAUGUCCCAGGGAGCGGAGACACUAACGGGAGCCGAGCAUUUUAAUGGUCAAGUGGAGGCUCCACAUAUAUCCAUUACUACCAAAAAGGUUUGCACACAAGAGCUACCACUGCCCGAGGGUGUGGAUGUUAUACAUGCCUCACCAGCAGCUGGCCAUUUGAGUAGCUCGAGCAUUUAUCCAGCAUGCUUUGCCCCUUAUAUCAUUGUAACGGCCUGCUCCGAUUCGAUUUCCCGUUUCUGGAAGUGCGAACCCCUUAGACAAGACAGCGAUGGCGACGACAAUGGCAAUGGCGAUGGCAAAGAGAAGUCCGAGGAGGCGGAUGCCUACCACUGGUCGGAAUGGAAGAUGUUUAGCCGCAUACAACAAUCGGCUAUCGAGAUACCAGGACAACCCCUUAACAUCAGUGCCGCAUAUUCGGGUCGCAUUGCCUGUGCCUAUAAGUACGGUAAGAGCUUCACUCGUCCCAACAAGGGUGAUCCUGACUCGCGGUAUGUCAACCUCUGUGUGGCCAUCUAUGAGUGUGAGAGUUCGGGCGGCAGUGAAUGGGUCCUCGAGGACACUAUCCAUUUGAAGAACGUUCAUUUGCCGAGAAUUAACAUCGGUCAUGGCAUUGAUCUUAGCUAUCUGCACGACAGUCGAUUGUUGGCCAAGAAACAGAGGCUCAAUCAGGUCCUGCACACGUUUGCCCACGACGACAGUCGUUCGCCUCGUAGUGGCGAGACAACACCCGAGUUGGCCGUCACUCGUCAGCAGUCGGCAGCUGCCUCCGGUCUGCUCACUGUGCCCAGUUUUAGCACAUUGCAGUCGUUAAGAAAGAGUAUAGCGGAGAAUGGCAACACCUGUCCAUUGACCCAAAAGCAUUUGGUACAACUCGAUUGGGUCUCCAAAGAGGAUGGUUCCCACAUUCUUACUGUGGCUGUGGGCAGCAAAAUAUUGCUGUAUACUCCAGUUAGCUCCGACAUCGCCCAGGCCAACAUCAAAGCCAUGAAAGAGUCACGUUCCGUGCAUCGUCCCAUUUUGCGUAAGGCUAGCUCGUUGGCUCAACCCAAUUUUGUGGAUGAGAUACGUUGGAUGAAACUGAGACAGAUCGAUCUACAGACUGCCGAUGGUUUGCCACCGUUGCCCAUGCAAAUCUCUUGGGUGCGUGAUGGCAUUCUGGUGGUGGCCAUGGAUUCGGAAAUGCAUGUCUAUUCGCAAUGGAAGCCACACUACGGUUCCCUGUAUGUGGGCAACGGUGGGCUGGGCUCUGCUAGUGAAGACUUGCCGGAUACCCGUAAUUUGCGUGAUGAGGAUUUGCGCUCCUUGGCCAAUGAGUCAACCCAACUGAGGCUUAAGAAUGUCGCCUCCAUGCCAUUGAUCAGCAAGGUGAGCACCGCCAAUCUUCAAUUGUUGUCGCACGACAAGAAGCGACGCCUGGGUCCUGGCGCUGGCAAUGCAAGCAUGGCCAACAUGAAUGGGGCAGCAGGUGGCCACCAUCAGGAUGAGCCCACAAGCGAUGAUUAUAUGACCGAUUUCGGUCUAUUCCAGGCAUCAAGAAUCGCUUGCCCAGUGUUGCCUCAGUACCAUCCCAAGCAGCUGAUGGAGUUGCUCAAUUGCGGCAAAAUUCGUUGGGUCAAAGCCAUUCUGGCCCAUUUGGUGAGAUGCAUGAGCGGCACAAAUUCGUCGAGUGUCACCCAGGAUGAGGAUGGUUAUGCAAGACAGCGCAGCUGGUCAAGAUCAAGAACCCUGAGCAUUAGCUAUACAGCCGAACCGAACAUUCAGGCGGAGCACAGGGGCAGCACCACACAAAUUCCCGAGGAACUGAUGCUGGACUACGCGGAGAUCAAUUCGAUUCCACCGUUGCCGCUUUGGGUACUGCUCAAUGCAGACCGCGAGACACCUGGCCAGGGCAAUAACUCCGGCUUCGAAGCGGACAAGGACUAUGAUGAGCUUUUCGAUAUGCACAAUUCGGAGGAUAAUCUGGAUGAGUUGCUGUGCGAUGGGGUCGAUGGGGGCAAACGCCAAGAGCGUCGCCUCUCGCUGCCAGAGAAGCAGUCAAUCUCACACUUUGGUCCACGGCAGGGACAACUGUUGUCGCGCCUAUUGACUCACACCCAUUUGCCGGGUCUCUCGUCGCUGGAUCAGAUGCAUUUGCUGGCUCUGGCAGACACAGUGGCCACAUGCAAUACCGAUUUCUCGGAUAAGUUUGCCACCGAUUUGAACAAGGGCAAUGCCUCCAGCAGUGGCGUGUCAGGUGGCGCCAGUAGUGGUGGCCUGAAGGAGGCCAGCGGUGGCGACUCCCUGGAUGAUUGUGGCUUGCGUUUCCUUUUGGCCAUGAAACAUUUCACCUAUUUACUGCGGUGCCUGCCACUGCAGCAGCGUUCCCAGUUCCAGCGUCAAGGUGUGGGCACUUCGAACAUUGUUUGGGCCUAUCACUCGGAGAGCGAGGAGGAGCUUCUCAAUUUGAUACCCAGCUACACUAAGGGAGAUCUACGUUGGGCCACCCUGAAGGAUCUCGGUGUGGGCUAUUGGCUAAAGAACAUUAACACUUUGCGCAAAUGCGUAGAGAAGCUUGCGAAAUGUGCCUAUCAGCUAAAGCAGGAUCCUUUGGAUGCGGCCAUCUACUAUCUGGCCAUGAAGAAGAAAUCUUUGGUGUGGGGCCUGUUCCGGUCUAAGCGUGAUGAGAAGAUGACUACAUUCUUCGGCAACAAUUUCGCCGAGGAUCGCUGGCGUAAGGCGGCCCUCAAGAAUGCCUUUGUCCUGCUGGGCAAACAGCGAUUCGAGCACGCGGUGGCCUUCUUCCUUCUGGCCAACUCCCUGAACGAUGCGAUUGAAGUGUGCAUGAACAAACUGGAAGACUUCCAAUUAGCUCUAAUCAUUUCGCGUCUAUAUGAGGGCGAUGCUGAGGGCUGCUACUAUCAUCGUUUGCUGCACGAGCAUGUCCUCGGCACGGACGCUGAAACGGGUCGCUGCGAUGAGAGUAAAGCACACCCGGAUCCAUUCCUAAGGUCCAUGACCUAUUGGACCAUCAAGAAGUAUCAGGAGAGCUUAAAUACUCUUCUCCUGAAUGGAGUAGGCAGUCUGCAUAGCAGCUAUCGGGAGGAGGAUCUGUUGCGGCCCGAACCGCAAGCCACCAAUCCGAACGUUUUCAAUUUCUACAUAUAUCUAAGGACGCAUCCUCUGCUAAUUCGUCAGAAUAUUGCCCUCUCGGCCCAGGAGAAGCGUAUCGCGCAUGUGGCACUGUCCGGCUUUAAUUAUGCCGGCGAUGUGGCUUCCACUUCGGAUAAGCAGCUGCAGCUGGAGGAUUCGAUAACACCGAUUGAAAGGCAAUUGUAUUUCACUACGGCCCACGGUCAUUUCAAAUCCGGCUGUCCAGCACUUGCUCUGGAGGUGCUAAACAAAUUGCCCAUGAAAAUCAGCGAUGACACCUCCUCGGCCAGCAGAUUGGGCAGUCAGGAUGUGCAGCAGGAUCAACUGCAACAGCAAAAGGAGCAAACCAACAAGGCCGAUCUCAUCAAUACGGGCAUUAUGGAUCAGUGGGGCAUGGGCGGUGGCGGCACCACAGCUGACGCCUUUGAUUGGGGUGCACCAGUGGCGGCAACUGAAGCUGAAGCGAAAUUUGAAAUUAAAUGGGACGACGAGGAUGAAGAGGACGAUGGUGCUGAUGAGGCGGGGUCUGUGGCUGCGGAUGAUGAGAUGGCCACACCACAACCUCUCCAAGCACCGCAAAGGGGCUCCCCAAUGGACAGCAAAAUGGACAUUAUGGCUCAACAAUUGAAAUUUGUGGCCUGCCUAAAGAUACUUAUGGAGGAGCUGUCCACUCUGGCCACUGGCUUUGAAGUCGAUGGCGGUCAGUUGCGUUAUCAGCUGUACAUGUGGCUGGAGCGCGAAGUGGAGGCUCUGAAACAGCUGUGCAACUACUGCAGCUCCGAGCAGACGAAUGAGACCAAUGAAUCGGAUGCUCAGGAUACGAAGGACAAUGAUAAAAUGAAUGCCAGCAUUAUUGCCAACAGCGGUGAGAGGCCAACUUUGCAUGAGAUACUUAUGCAGGAUAAACAGGACUUUGAAGCGAAGGUGAUGCGGGCAGCCAAGCGCAAGCGUUGGCUCAAAGCCAACGAAACUCUACUGCGCACACUGCUCAGCUAUUGCUCACUUCAUGGAGCCAGCGGUGGUGGCUUGGCCUCGGUGCGGAUGGAAUUGGUUCUACUGCUACAGGAACUGCAGCAGGAGAAGACGCAACAGCAGUUGCUCAGCCCCUUGCCCUUCCCCACAACGCUGCCCCUACUGAGUGCUUGUGUGGCUGGCAAUAAGACUGUUAUCGCCGAUCCCAUUAAAUAUUUGCAAUCCCAGACAGUGGACAUGCUGCAGAGCAUCAUUAAGGUGUUACCCUUCCCGGGCAUCGAGACGAGCGCCCUCAGCGAGAUAUUUGUGCUACGCGAUCUGGCCGUUGCUCUGUCGUCUUGCAUCUAUCAGUCGUUAUGCGAUUCUGAGAGUUUUGUGGUCAACAAUUCCGCAUUCAAUGGCUAUCCCAGUCCCGGUAUUGAGAAUAUUGCCAAAAUCAAUUCCUCAUUCGAGUGCAGCUAUCUUGUGGGAAGCCGUAAUGCCUACGGCAGGCGGCGGAAGUAUUCAACCGAUGAGCCAGCUGGCAUAUGCACUACUCCAUCCAAGUGGCCGGGUGUUACCAAUUUGAGAGCUCUGCUAGCUCGUGAGAAGGAUGAGGAUGUGCCAAAAUUGAAUGUGCUGUUGCUUGAGUCAUUCAUAUCCACUUAUAUGGCAUUAUUCAUCUACUCGUUGUCCACCUGCGAUAGCCGAUUGCUUUAUCGCCUUAGCGGACAGAAUUUCAGCAAUGACACUUGGUCCACACUUUUUGGUGGCGGCAUGAAGAAGCUACUAAUCAAGCCGGCGCCAAAUGGUACAGCAAUUGCUGGUGCUGCUGGUGGCUCAGCCUCGGGCGGCGGCGGCUCCACCUCUGAGGAGCCCGCUGAUGAGAAUAGUGUGUGGAAUACGGUCACCUCCAUUACAAAGCAACGCAUGAAGUUGAAUAUGAAAAUAUUAGGUAGCUUUAGCCAAAAUAGCUGCUCAUCCAACAACAUGAAAGAGGAUAAACCCACAUACCGAGAGCAAUUUAUGCCGCCCGAGACAUCUAUGUUGUCCUAUUUCCUAACCAAACCGCCCAGCACCGAAUGUGAUGACUACGACACCGACGACUCACACGAAUCGGACAACGAGGAGGAGGAAGAUGACGAUGAUGAUGUGAAUGUAAGUCGCACACAAUUGCGGUCCAAGGAUAAUACUGAACAUACGAAUCCCACAUCGUAUUCAUGGAGCAUUCUGCGUUUGGCCCUCAUUAAAAUUAGUACACACAAGAUCCAAGAGUUUGUCAAAGUGGCUGGCAUUGAAUUGCAGGAUUUGCCCGUCAUUAGCCCCUUGUCACAUGAAGUGCUACGCACUCUCAAUCGUUGGCAGGAAUUUGCUUUAAGCGAUCUAAUUGCUCGAGGUCCGCCCACUCGUCAUUAUAUACCUGGUUGCUAUGCGGAGAGUGGCAUUAAUGGUUUGGCCAUACACAAGUAUCGUUCGCUGUUGAACAAGGACAAUACACCGUUUGUGUCGGGCUCAUCGGCUGGACCCAUACGUCGUCUGUGGAACUAUUUGGUCCGACAAGAGCCGGCACAGGAAGUUUUCAUUAAGAGCAUUUUUGGUAAGAAUACGGAAUCGACCACAAGGAGCUUGCAUCAUCACAGCAAUCAGCAUGACAAUGAGACAGAUGAAGGCCAAUCGCAUUCUACAAACGAGAAUACAGAUCACAUACGCAUCAUUCACAAGGACCAUGAAUCCAUAUUGUCGUUCUGCUUGAAGAAUAAUAGCUCAUCCAUGAUUGCCUUUGCCAAUCCACGGGAAAUUCAAGAAUUUGACAUCUCGCUGCUAUUGGAAUCGCCCAAUUGGUAUGAGGAUGAAUGCGAAUAUGAUAUGAUGAACUUGUCCAAAGAUGCCGAUACCAAUAGCUCGGCCUUUCUUAUCAUCCAGACUCAAGAUCAGAAUCAAUAUGGUUCGAGCAAUGCCUAUAGUGAGUCCAGUGUUAGCACUCAGAGCGCCUCCCAAUCGGGACGCGGCACAUCCAUGGUCCUACGUCACAAGGUGGAUAAUGUUAAGCGCAUGAGCGCACAUCCUCUGAUGCCUUUGUAUUUAACUGGUGGCCAAGAUGGCUCUGUUCAAAUCUGGGAAUGGGGGCACCAGCAGCCCGUGUGCAGUCCACGUACCUCUGGCACUUUUGCCAAGGUCACACGUUGCCGCUUCUCCGAGCAGGGCAAUAAAUUUGGCAUCGGUGAUGGCGAUGGCAAUUUGAGCCUCUGGCAGGCCGGCAUCGCCUCACAAAAUAAUCGUUCGUUUAUAACCUAUCAGUGCCACAAUAAGACACUGUCCGAUUUUGUGUUCCUCGGCUCAUGCAGUCUGCUGGCCAGCGCUGGUCAAAGUUCCGAGAACAAGAAUAUUAACAUUUGGGACACUCUGUUGCCGCACAAAAAGUCCUGUGUGUCGGCGUUCACCUGCCACGAUCAGGGCUCAUCCUGUUUGGUAUUUGCGCCACAGCAUCAAGUGCUCAUCUCAUGCGGCAAACGCGGCGAUGUUUGUGUCUUUGAUGUGAGACAGCGUACCCUGCGUCAUCGUUAUCAGGCGCACGAUAGUACCAUUAAGUGCAUAGCACUGGAUCCGCAUGAGGAGUUCUUUGUCACUGGUUCCAUUGAGGGUGACAUAAAGAUUUGGGAUAUGAACCAAUUCAUGCUCAUUAACACUUUCCCACAUGAGCAUGCCAAGAAUGGCUUCUUCAAGCACACCGGCCAGGGUGUCAGUCAGGUUUAUGUGGAUCCAUUUGGUCGCCUGUUCUCCUGCGGCUCGGACGGCUGUAUGAAAGUUCGUCUGCUAGUCGAGAAGGAUAAUAUUGUUCACUCUGUGUAUUAGUUAGAAAACGAAAUGAAAAUCCAAAGUAACUAAACAAAACGAAAAACAAAAAAAAAAGUAAUAUUAUGUAAUUGUAUCUGUAUGUAAAUUGUUGCACGCGCGUGUGAGUAAAAUGUUUAUUAUUAUUAUUGUAUUGAAA